GAUCUGAGCAACAGCGCCCCCUUGUUUGUGUGUGGAAAAGCGACAGGAGGUAAUGAGGAAUACUGCGCGGCUAACGAUAGCAAGAUACACAAAUAAGGAUUUAAUUCACUUUCUAGCUUCACUGACACUCCGGGAGUGUACCAAACGCUGCAGGGGCACACAGUAUCGGCUAAACCCCCGGUUUUCCUGCUACAUUCCCACCGGGGCGAGAACGAGAGACUCCCGCUAAUCCGAGAAGAGGGGAAGCGGCCUGCUCUUGUAGCCGGCUUCUCGGUGCAGCUCAGGCGGCUAGCACUUUCACCAGAGCCCGGUGCUUGCUGUGGUUUGUUUUUCUUUACACCCACAAAAGCAUCGGAGCUGGGAAAAAAUUUUUGGUUCAAUAACCACAACCUCUCCAUCGCCUGUUGCCUCUAUAUCGGCGCCCUGGUCUCGGGAUUUGUCGCCCAGGAGGACCAUUUGAUGCCGGGGCGGCCUGUUUUGUUUUCGAGCCGCCUUGAAUCUCCUCGAACAAUAACACAACCAUAACGAGCCUGCUGGGGCUGCACUGCCCAGCCAACAAGGAGCCGCGGAAGUCUCUGUCUCAGAUAAUAAAUGCAUUGUGUUACACCAGCUUUGGACCGCGGUGAAGACCCGGGACGAGUGUGCAUGUGGACUAUGGAUUUAUCGAGGAGAAACCACCGCGAACCGGAGCACUUUGUCACGAAAGCCCCCGUUUGAAUUUGGGAGUUUUUGCUGCUUGCUAACCCAGCUGCAAGAAACGGUGUAAAAAGGCCACUGGCGGAAGAAUGAGCGCCGCACUAUGCUUUGUGUAAUCAUAACUCACGGACUGUAUGGAAACCGGCCGAACCGACUUGGGUGAACCGAUUGUUUAUAUGCAUGCCCGGCCUGCUUGCGCGUGCACUUAUAAUCUUCCCAAAAGCAGCAGUACUCUCAGAGCUGGGACAUCACACUGAGGAUGGAUUGGAUGUGAUUUGGGAUGAGUAACCUCGAUUGCUCCCUGCGCAGACUGCUGUAUAUGUGGGAUUUAUCGACGGGGAACUGAAGCCCUGAUAUCCACCUAUAUGCUCUCUGCAAAGCCACCGGACUCCAUUGACAAAACCAGUGAUUUUAGCGGACAGAUAACGGCACUUCCUCGUCUACCGUUGCCUCGAUCGGUUAGUUUGUUUGCGUUGUUGUUGUUGUUGUGUGGAUUUGGUGUUUUAUCGCAUUAAUACAUCUUAACGGACCGGACCGGACCGGAGCCCCGGGACAGGCUGCUGAGAUGAACCCGGUGAAUGCGACUUCUCUAUACGUGUCCGCGAGCCGUUCGGUGCUGCAGUGCGACCCCCGAGACCCCCGGGCCGUCGCGGAGCUUUGCAAGCUGCUGCCGUUUUUCCGCCAGUCCCUGUCCUGCUUGGUCUGCAGUAACCUGCUGCAGGACCCCAUCGCUCCCACCGACUCCUCCUGUCAGCAUUAUGUCUGUCGAGGCUGUAGGGGUCAGAGGAUGCAGCUGAAGCCGUCCUGUAGUUGGUGUAAGGACUAUUCCCGCUUUGAGGAAAACAGGCAGCUCUCCUUGCUUGUCCACUGUUACAGGAAGCUCUGUCUCUACAUUACGCAGUCGCCGCUUGCGCCGCACAUAGCCAGCGCCGCCAGCGAGUCGCCGGACCUCCAGGCCAUCCUCAACGAGGGCCUCGCGCUGGCUGAGACUGAGCCAGAAGCCGAGGACGUCUCAGAUUCGGCCGGCCUGUCGCAGACGGCCUCCGACGAUGGGGUCCAGCCUGACGAAGCUCCACUCACCAAGGAGCUCAAGGUGGAGGAGCCGAGCCCCGUCGGUGUAAACGGGCUGCACGAUUGUAACGGUCUGCUCAGUUCAGACUCUCUGCAGUCCAUCACCAUAGAAACAGGUGGAGGUGUUGCGAAGCAGGAGAGCUUUUCGGAGGAGAUCCCAGUGUGUAUGAGCCUCACGGGGGAGGCGGGGCUCUGUGACAUCAGCACUUUGGGGGAUGACCUGAAACACGGCGGGGGGCCGUUGUUGUUGAGUGUAGAGGAGGUACUCAGGACUCUGGAGACGGACACUGACCCUGAUCCCUCCCCCCAGCCGGACUGCCCCACCUCUAAACCACAGUCCAGCCUCAAUGGUCCUCACUGUCCGGGCUCUGACUCCUCCCACUUUAUCCCCUCCCUCCCCCAAGGGAACAGCCCUCGCCCCCUCCAACCUCACCCGCAGCCCUCACUGCAGCCUCCUCCUCAGCCCUCCACAGUCACCCCCCAUGUUGCCCCUCGGUACCACCGCAAGCGCUCCCGCUCAGAAAGCGACAGCGAGAAGGUGCAGCCCCUCUCCAUCUCCAGCCUUUUACGCAGGUCUCCCCUCGGUGCCAACAGCUCCCCCCAUCACCCUAACCCCGGUACCACCACCAAACAGGAGCCUAAGUUCCCUGCAGCCACGCCCCACCCACACCUGGCGCCAGUGCCAAAUGGUGGUCCCCCCAAAGUGGGCAAGACUGUGCUCAUCACCAACAAGGGGCUGAAGAAGACCGUGGAGCACCACGGGGGCCCCAAGAAGGCUUACACCAAAGCCAGGCAAGGGACCCCUAAGCCCCGCACGCAACCCCGUGACAGGGUGCCCCCACACCCCCACGCUCACCCCCUGACACACCCACCCAGCCCCUCAAAGCCACUGUAUAAAAAACCUGUAGAGAAAAAGGGCUGCAAGUGCGGUCGGGCCACCCAGAACCCCUCGGUGUUGACCUGUAGGGGGCAACGCUGCCCCUGCUACUCCAACCGCAAGGCGUGUCUGGACUGUAUCUGCCGCGGCUGCCAGAACUCCUACAGCAACGGAGAGAAGAAGCUGGAGGCCUUCGCCGUGCCAGAGAAAGCUCUGGAACAGACUCGGCUCACGCUCGGCAUCAACCUCACCAGUAUCACCGCGGCGGCCCUCCGUAGCCCGGCCACCAGCUCCCCCAACACCCUCCUCAACGUCACCACGGCUACAGGGGCGCCCGUCACAGCCACCUUCUUAUCGGGGGCGGGGCAUGACAACAGGGGCUUUGACGAUUCACUGGAGAUGCGGUUUGACUGCUGAGGUCUCGCCCCUACUCUGGUCGGUCGUUGCGCACGUUCCCCGCCCGCCCGCCCGCCAGCUGGGCGUCAUCCAGCUCGGCGUGCCAGGGCGACCUGCGGUGUCGGAGCCAGAACAAGGCAGCUACAGUGACAGGCGAUAGCGGGGGUCACCGGCGGAAGCUGGGGAGUGGCCCUCCGCCCAUCGCCCGGAACUGCACCAUGCUUGUGGUCUUGCAUACAGAUACAGUGUGGAAGAGAAGGAGGCGACGUAGCGUUACUGUAUGUGCAGAGAUUUCCUUUCAGUGGGGAUAGUUUUUUUUGGGUUUUCUUCUCUACUAUGGGUAAAGUGUAGAGCAUGUUGUGUAGCUAAGUUGGGAGUGUUGAUUGCGUGCGUGUGUGCGUGUGUGGAUGAACCUUAGCAGGAUUGAAGAUAUCAUCAUCAGAGACUGGUGUAAUUUAUAUAAAAGAAAGAACUUUUUGUACAUGGACGUAUCGGUUUCCAUUAAAGAAGACAUUUUAUGAUAUAUUUUAUAAGUUACAUUAAAGACCAAUGGAAGAUGGUGCAGGGGCAGACCUGCAGUCAACCAGGAGAUUUUCACAGGUUAAUAGGUAGAUUGUAUUUAGUGAGUUCUCCUCUCGACCUCUAGAUAAAAAACAAAGACCCUUGACGAAGAACAACACAACCUGAAGAUAACCGCUAUAAGUUAAAAACAUCUACCACGAUAACAUUUUUGAUAUCUUUCGCUGUAAGAACCGGGAAGUGAUUUUAACACCACCAGCCAAAUGUAAGUUUCAGUUUUGUCUGUUGAAUGUUUAUACUCUGUGAGCCACUGUCAGACACCCAAACAUUGUUCUAAGAUGUUAUUUUAUACUAAAAAAAAGUAUAUAAAACUGAUAACAUGUUGAAUUUUGAAGUCACCCAACCAUUGUGGCUGGUGGAGGACAUAACUUCUGUCCCUUGUUGUGUCGAGGAUGCGCGUUAACCUGUUUUAAUCAUUUGUGUGUUCUUGUAUUAAGCACUUUUCCACUUUUCUACACUGGCCACACAGUUUAAAACCAUAUUUCUGAUCUGUUCUCUCUUGUGUUUAAAACUCUGGUUGAUUGCAGGCCCUGCACAUUUUUUAUUCACAAGUUUUUGGUUUCUGGAAGCUACACACAUGCUGCUAAAUACCACAAAGGACACUAGAAGGAGAGCACACCUGUUUUCCUUGUCUUUUGUUCUGUUUUUGUUUUUAAUAAGUUGUGUUAACAGCAUUUGCAGUAUUUAUUGGACGUCUGCUAACAUAGGUUACGGGUCAGGCGUCAGUUUCGCCCUCUCUGCCUGUCGAGUGUCGAUCCAGUCUGGACGGUUUCUGUCUCAGUUAAGUUGCUGUCUCCUUCUUAGUGUUAGUCUCCAAACAUUUUUUUUGUUAUCCAUCGGGGGCAUUUAAAUACCUGUAAUAUAACUGUAACAUAUUUCUACAAAAAAGAAAGAAAAUCAAAAACUUA